GGCACCACCAGGCAGGGGUAGGGCCCUUGGAGGCCCCGGUUGGUGCUGGAGAGGGCAGCGCCGCUGCAGACAGGGGUGCCUGCGGGGAGGAGGAAGGGAGGAGCGGGCACCAUCCUCCUCGAGGUGUAACAUCUUGUCUUGUCCUCUCCCCCUGCCAUGCUGCGCUCCAGGGAGCUCCCUGCUCCGGCCCCACUGAGCCCUGCCCGUAGGUUGGUGACAUGUCUAACUCUUUCCUUGCCCUCUGCGUGCUGAGCUGCCCCGGCCGUCCAUCCAUCUCUCCGUGUGCGUGUGUGUGCCCCCCCACCCCAACACCAUCUGCCUCUUGCCCCCUGCCACUGCUCACAUCCCUGCACUGCCAUCUUGCUCGCGCCGUCUUCUGCUGUCCAGUGCCCGUUGCAGAUAGCUGGGGAACUGGCCAUGUGCUUUGCCAAGGAUCCCUGGGAAGCCCUUCACCACCAGCCAGCGUGCCUGUGCGGCCAUCUGGCCCCUCAUGGGCCUUGCACGAGCAUGGGUGCUCCAGGCGGGAAGCAUGCCAGGUGCCCACGGGGUCUGGCUCGGUUUCGCCGCCUCCCUCGUGUCCUUCCCCCGGUGCCAGGUGUCCUGUUCAGCAUUGAGGUCACCUCUACCUUCUUCGCCGUCCGCAACUACUGGCGUGGCUUCUUUGCUGCCACCUUCAGCGCCUUCAUCUUCCGCGUCCUCGCAGUCUGGAACAAGGAUGAAGAGACAAUCACAGCGCUGUUUAAAACCCGCUUCCGCCUCGACUUCCCCUUCGACCUGCAGGAGUUGCCUGCCUUCGCCGUCAUCGGGAUCGCCAGCGGCUUCGGGGGCGCACUUUUCGUCUACCUCAACCGCAAGAUCGUGCAGUUCAUGCGCCGCCAGAAGACCAUCAACCGCUUCCUCAUGAAGAAGCGCCUUCUUUUCCCUGCCCUGGUGACACUGCUCAUCUCCACAUUGACCUUCCCCCCCGGCUUCGGACAAUUCAUGGCUGGCCAGCUCACCCAGAAGGACACCCUGGUGACACUGUUCGACAACCAGACGUGGGCCAAGCAGGGGCUGAGCGAGGAGUUUGAGUACAUGGGCAUCUUGGAGGCUUGGCACCACCCCCGCUCCAACAUCUUCGUCACCCUCAUCGUCUUCAUCCUCAUGAAGUUCUGGAUGUCAGCCCUGGCCACCACCAUCCCCGUGCCCUGUGGAGCCUUCAUGCCCGUCUUUGUCAUCGGGGCAGCCUUCGGGCGUCUGGUGGGCGAGAGCAUGGCGGCCUGGUUCCCGGACGGCAUCCACACCGACAGCAACACCUACCGCAUUGUGCCAGGGGGCUACGCCGUGGUGGGGGCAGCCGCGCUGUCGGGCGCCGUCACCCACACGGUGUCCACGGCCGUCAUCGUCUUUGAGCUGACGGGGCAGAUCUCCCACAUCCUGCCCGUCAUGAUCGCCGUGAUCCUGGCCAAUGCCGUGGCCCAGAGCCUCCAGCCCUCCCUUUACGACAGCAUCAUCCGCAUCAAGAAGCUGCCCUACCUUCCUGAGCUGGGCUGGGGGCACCACGAGAAAUACAACGUGCGGGUGGAGGAUAUCAUGGUGCGGGACAUCCGCUAUGUCACCCUCAACUGCAAAUACCGGGACCUGCAGCACGUCCUGCACAGUACCAAGAUGAAGAGCCUGGCACUGGUGGAGUCAGCCGAGUCCAUGAUCCUGCUGGGCUCCAUCGAGCGGGCGCAGGUGGUGGCCCUGCUCAGCCACCAGCUCAGCCGUGAGCGACGGCUCCAGGCCCUGCGGGAGAAGAUGCUGGCAGAGCAGGCGGGCACUACCGAGGACGGGCACCAACUCUCCGACGCGGGUGUCCGCUUCCAGCCGCCGCUCAAGCGGGUGCCCAGCAGCCUGGCGGAGAGCCCACCAGCGGGCACCACCGACCACACAGGCAUCGCCCUCAAGAGCCUCUUUUGUGCCAACAAUGCUGCAGAGCCUGCCGAGGCCCAGGGCACAGCCCAGCGCAAGGCCAAACACGUCCGCAUUUCCAUCUUGGUAAGCUACAGCCAGUCACAGGCUGGGCACAGCUCCUUUCAGCCAAUCAGAGCCCAGUCUGAAUUGUCUCAGCCAGUCAGGGGCCUGGCACAAUUCUGUUUGGCCAAUCAUGUUUGCCCUGUGUGUGCAAGCCAAUCUCUGAUGGACCCGAUUCUGCUCCACCAAUCACAACACAGCCUAUGUCCUCUGUCACAAAUCUGCUUGGUGAAUUGUAAGGUGACCUGCAUCCUGUCAGCCAAUUGUGGAACUAGCCCCACAUUGAUCAGCCAAUCAUGACACAGCCUGUGUUCUCUCAAGCAGUCACAAACUUGGCUUGACUGCUUGACCAAUCAUGGCAUGAUCUGUGUCCGCUUUACCAGUCACAGGCCGGCUCCUCUCAGCCAA